AUGACAGGCCUGACAAGAUCGUCUCUAGCUUUGAAAUUACCCAUUUGCAGACCCAGGACGCCGAUGCGCGUCGUUCCGAAAACGCCGAGAUUGCAACAAACUACGGAGAAACUACGACGAGACACCUCCGAUAAGGCCAGGGAUCCGGUGAACGUGUUCUGCCGCGUGCGACCCCUGCAAUCCGAUGCGGAUUUGGCCUCCUUGCGAGUGAAGAACUCCACAACGAUCGCUUUGAAUCCGCAGGAUCAGCUGCUGCAGCACCACAAAAUCGCACAUAAUGGCGGAGGUCAGCGGGAGAUUCAGUACAUCUUCAAGCACGUCUUCCAGCCGGAGGCCACGCAGCAGGAUGUCUACGGUUCGGUGGCCCAGCCGCUGGUGGAGAAUCUUCUGAAGGGUCGCAACAGUCUGCUUUUCACCUAUGGAGUCACUGGGAGUGGGAAGACCUACACCAUGACGGGGAAUCUAAAGCACAGGGGCAUCAUGCCGCGCUGCCUGGAUGUGCUUUUCCGUACCAUCUCGGAUUACCAGGCCAAAAAGUUUGUCUUUAAACCAGAUAAGCUGAAUGGUUUCGAAAUCCUGUCCGAGGAGGAUGCUCUCCUAGAACGACAGCACGAGAUGAACCAGCGUUUUGCGGGCGCCGGACGAUUUGCCUUCAGGCACAAGGACUCCGAUCCCGAGAUUGCCUCGCAGGCCUCCGUGGAGCCAACACCUCUACUAGGUUUGGAUGAGGACAACAUGUACUCGGUGUUUGUGACCUACAUAGAGAUUUACAACAACAGUGUUUACGAUUUGCUCGAGGAUUCGGGUAUACAGAAGACUUUGCAGAGCAAAAUCAUUCGUGAGGAUGCCAAUCGUCACAUGUUCGUCCAUGGCGUCACCGAGGUGGAGAUUAAGACCGUGGAGGAGGCCCUCGAGGUCUUCCAAAUGGGCCAGAAGCGCAAGCGCAUGGGACACACUGUUUUGAAUGCUGAAUCCAGUAGAAGUCAUUCCGUAUUCAACAUACGAUUAGUGCAGGCGCCCACCGACAGCCAGGGCGAGAAUGUCGUCCAGGACAGGCAGAAUAUCACGGUUAGCCAGCUGUCCCUGGUGGAUUUGGCGGGCAGUGAGCGCUCCUCGCGCACCAAAAACACCGGCGUGCGUUUGCGAGAGGCUGGCAACAUCAACAACUCGCUGAUGACGCUGCGCACUUGCCUGGAAUAUCUGCGGGAGAAUCAGUUGGCGGCGGGAAAUGGCUUGGCUCCGAAGAAGAUUCCCUAUCGCGACUCCAAGAUCACUCAUAUGUUCAAAAACUACUUUGAUGGCGAGGGGCAGGUGUCCAUGAUUGUGUGCAUUAACCCCAGGAUUGAGGAUUAUGACGAGAAUAUGCAAGUGAUGAAGUUCGCCGAGAUGACGCAGGAGGUGCAAAUAGCUCGGGCCACUCCCAUGAAGCAGGAUUUGGGUCUAACUCCCGGUCGCCGCAAGGCCAACAAACUAUUCAAGAUUGCUGUUAAUAAUCUAAAUGAGCUGGGCAUUCCGGAGGCCAAGGAUUUGGAGGUGGAUAUAGGAUUGGUCUACAGUUUGGGACCCGAUUUUCCCGCCUACGAAAUGGACAGUCCCGAGGCGGAGCUAAAGAUCCGCGAGCUAAUGCAUUAUUUAGAGCAACGUAUAGAAAAGCGAAAGAAGCUGCGCGCCAAUUUGGAAAUUAAGAGUGACAACUUCCGUCAAAUGCUGAUGAACCUUGACCGUGACAAUCUUCAGCUGCGCACAGAGCUCGCUUCGUUAAAAGCCGUCUACAAACAGGAGCGCGAACGCAGCGCUGCCCUCGAGAAGAAGGUGCGCAUCCACGAGAGCUCCAUCGAUGUGCUGAACAACACGCUGAGCAAGCGCGAAAGGCAGGUGGAGGAGCUGACUUUUAAGCUCAAUGAGAAGGAGAAUAUGCUCACCCAGAAGGAGCACGAGAAGGAGAAGCAAAAGAAGAAGUUCAGCUCCAAGCUGGCCGUGGAAUCGGACAAAAACAAGCGAGAGUUUGAGCACAAGCUGCGCGAACAGCGUGCCAAGUUGCAGGAACGCAUGCGCAUCAAGGACGAAAAGUUGCGCCUGGUAUCGAAUAUUCUCCAGUCCGAAGAUCUGCCCAGUUUGCCGCGUUCCCAGAGCUCCGAGAAUAUACUGAACGAAAAGGAUCGCGGUGGAUAUACAGCGCGCACCGAGGAGUCUUCGGUGCCGGCCACAAGAACGGAUAUCUAUGCCACGCCGCGUCAUGGAGCUGCAGCGGCUAACAAUCGCCACCGACGCUCUCGUUCCGCCGGCGACAAGUGGCUGGAGCACCGGGCCGCCAAUCCCGUGCCUCUGGGCACCAUUAUGCAGCCGUAUCUGAAGAACCGCAAAUCAGUGACGAAGCUAACCGACAUGAAGGAGCUGACUGCUCAUGGAACAACCAAGUACUGCCUGGUCUCACAGGAUGCGGAUACGGAUGGCGAUGUGGAGACGAAGUUGUACAAGGGUAACGUAAUACCCACUUGCGGCGGUGGUGCCCAAGUCGUCUUCAACGAUGUGGAGUGCCUGAAGCAGAAAUCCCCUGUUCACUCGCCCACGCGAAAGCGACCAAGCAAUGGGACCAUUUCCGCUCUGGGCGGCGGCGGUGCAGUGCCCAGCACAAUCACCUCGGCUCAGGACGUCGCCUCGCGCUGCAAUCUCGGCAUCGAGGGACACAGCAGCAAGAAGUCAAAGAUGUAGAGAGGAUGGAAAUUGAAUACUUCAAGUCAAUUACACAGUUUAGCUUAUAGUUAUUUAGUUUGCAUAACUUAAAUUUAAGUUUAUUACUUACUACUCACACCCUUUAUGGUUUUGGAAUUGAAUCGCAAUGAAGUGAUUUGUUUGAUUAAAAUGAAGAAUGGUUAAUCUGUAUAAAUUACCCCGUAAA